AUGGCAGACAUUUACUCCCUAAAGCCAAAUCUAAGAGAUCGAUAUGCAAAGUCCCCAGAGAAUGGUGUUGAGAUGUGUCUCUUUCCAACCCUUGUUGAUGCCGCACCAGGGAAGGCGCGCAGAAUGGCUCGGUGCGUACCUGGGGAGCAUUUGAGCGAUUUCGGUACUCUAUACAAGAGGGACAGAUCUGACCUAGCAUCUUUGCUUGUUGCUGCAUGGUCGAUCGUCCUUCAUCAGUUUGUCAACUCGGAGGUGUUGUACUUUGGGGUUGACGCACCUAGAGAAAUGUCUGGAUCAGUCUCUGGUGAUUUUAAAACAUUUGUAGUGACCAUCGACCCAGACGAUCUAAUUGAGCAACUGCUUCAAACCUGCCACCGCCAGCUGUCCAUGAGCCAGGAUGAAAGUGGGAACAUUCACUUCAAUACUGGAGUCGUAUUCAUGGCCGGGGAAAGCGAGAGCUCGUUCAGACUGGGGAGUUCGUCAGAGCAACUUUAUGCCACGGACAAUGAGCAGGAUUACGACCUGCUACUCAUCGCAAGAACAUGCAAUGGCAUGGUCGAGAUAUUACUGCAUUAUAGCACUGCGGUCGUGUCCGACUCACAGGCAGCGAUCAUAGGAGGGGUCUUGUCUCGAUCGAUUGAAUCAAUGCUCGAACAUCCGGACCAGAAGCUGAGGGAUAUCAAUUUACUCGACCAGCAAAGCCAAGAAUGUGUCGCAGAGUGGAACAACAAACAGACAAAUAUCACUACCGGCUCCUCCAUCGCCGAGAUAAUCCAGGAGAAGUCCCGCUACCAACCAGGCGCACCGGCUGUGUGUUCAUGGGAUGGCACCCUGACAUAUGGUGAGCUCGAGGAGCUUUCCACAACGCUUUCUAUCCACCUAAAAGAAAAGGGGGUAGGGCCAGAGGUUAUGGUGCCUGUUUGCUUUGAGAAAACGAUGUGGGCGAUUGUGGCAACGCUGGCAGUAGUCAAGGCUGGUGCAGCUUUCGUUCCCAUCGAUCCCUCUCAUCCGCUCGAGUAUCUGAAGCAAAUCAUCACACGGGUAGAUGCAAAAGUCAUUCUCUCGUCAGACCGGCAGGCCACAUUAUUGGAGGGUGUCAUAGACGACCUGAUUGUGGUGUCUGGGUCGACGGCUGCGCGGCUGCCAACGGUUAACCCGAUGGCAUUGCUGCGGGGACAAGUAGAAACCCACAAUAUGGCAUGCGUACUUUUCACUUCCGGUAGUACUGGGAGCCCCAAAGGAUGCGUCAUCAGCCACGGAGCAUUGGCAGCUGUCGCUACCUAUGCAGAAGCGUUGGAAAUGAAAGCUAACACGCGAGCCCUGCAAUUUGCCUCAUUCAGUUUUGCCAUUUCUUUGAACGAGAUCUUCUGUACUUUGACAGUUGGAGGCACUAUCUGUAUUCCUUCAGGCCACGAGCGAAUGAACGACCUAUCGGGUGCAAUGUCUCGGAUGGGUGUCAGCUGGGCCAUGCUGACGCCUUCAUUGAUGGGCUCCCUUGCUCCUGAUAAUGUAGCUUGUCUCAAGACUUUAAUAGUCGGAGGAGAGCCAUUGAGAAGUGAUCUGGCCCGAUCUUGGGCAGAGAGAAUUUCCGUAGUGCCGGCGUAUGGAAUGACAGAAUGGGUCGGAGUAUGUACUGUCCAGCAGGAACUUGAAAUUAUACUGCCGGAAGCAGAUUCGAACUUGAAGAACAUCGGCAAAUCGCCCGUUGCGAACCUCUGGCUGGUCAACCCCCAUAACCACCAUGUGCUCGCUCCUAUCGGGGCCGUGGCCGAGCUGCUAAUCGAGGGGCCCUGUCUGGCACGAGGAUACAUAAAUGACGCCGAGCGAACCGCCAUGGCGUUCAUUGAGAAUCCGCUAUGGCUGCGCUUCUUCCGAUCAGACCGGGAGGCCAGACUGUACAAGACAGGCGAUCUAGUCCGCUAUAGCUCUGACGGCAGCCUCAUCUACAUGGGACGAAAAGGCCUGCAAACCAAGAUCCGUGGGCAGCGCAUCGAGCUGGGGGAAGUAGAACACCAAGUUUUCCGUCACUUCCCUGGGGCCACCAAAGUUAUUGUUGAUGUGGUAACCCCUAUCGGCGAUACCCCAUCACCGAUAUUGGUGGCAUUCAUACUAUGCUCUAAGAAUGCCAGGGAUGGAGCGCCUGCGAAGAAGAACUUAAACAACUCCAACUCGGCCGCUCUUUUUGAUGGAUCUGACCACGAUUUCCAGUCGCACUCCGCAGAGGCCGAAACAAAAAUACGCGACCUUUUGCCGGAUUACAUGAUUCCGCAUGUAUAUGUCCCCCUAGAAUACGUCCCUUUGACAAUCUCCGGGAAGGUAGACCGGCGCAAGUUGAAGGAGAUCGCUGGUUCACUUUCAUAUGGCACCCUGGCUUCGUACGCGUUCACCAGAUUGGACCCAGUGACCCCAAGUUCACGCGCAGAACAGCGUCUUCAUCUUCUGCUCUCGAAGAUUCUCAAGCUCCCCUCUGAAAGCUUUGGCGUGAACGAGAGCUUCUUCCGUCUUGGAGGGGAUUCCUUAAAGGCAAUACAGCUAGUCACCCAAUGCCGGGCGAGGGGUAUCACCAUAACCGUGGAAGAUAUUUUCCGCGAAAAAACCGUCAGCAGUCUUGCAUUGCUUGUAGGUGCGCAUUGCAGCACUGUGACAAGGCACGACGGGGAUUCGGAAGCCGAAUUCAGCUUGACUCCUGUCCAGCGAAGCAUGAUCUUGGCCGAAGAUCAGGAGAGUUGGUAUUCACCAACAACCUGCAUCUUCCUUCGGUUGAACAGGAGCAUUGACCCCACUCACUUAGAAAAUGCUAUACAGCAGAUCGUCAGUCGACAUCCGAUGCUGACCGCGAGAUUCACGAGUGAUCGAAACGGCAGUUGGGCCCAACAUGUUCCAACCGUCGCUAGUAAGCCCCAGGGAGGCUACGAGUACGCCAGCUGUGCCGUGUCUACGCUAGAAGAGGCGUCGGAGACCAUGAAAUCAAGGCGGGAGAGUUUGGACAUCGAGAAAGGUCCUCUUUUUGUAGCGAUGUUAUUCAACUUGAGUGAAAUGCAAUGUCUGUCGCUCGCAGCGCACGCAUUGAUUGUCGACCACACUUCUUGGGAUAUUAUUUCGAGGGAUAUUGAAUAUUUCCUGGAUCACGACGUUUAUAUGCAGAUACCCAAACCGCUGCCUCUUGGUUUUCGAGAAUGGUGCUGCUCGAGACUGAAGGCGAGAGAUCGAUCACACAUGAUUCCAGCGCCUGCUCCCAUAACGUCCAUGACCGUUUCUGGCCAGCAGCCCUCUCAACGAACUGAUGGUUCCUGUCCAGCUCACAGCCACAGCAUAAUGCACACGAGUAUACCAGUCCCAUCGGGUCUUCUAGGUGAUGCUCCCGAGCCUCUUCGGUUAACAUCCAGUGUAGUUCUGCAGGCCGCGGUGCUGCACGCUUUUAGUCGCGCUUUUGAGGACCAGGAGCUGCCACUCUUGACCGUCGAGGAAGACGGACGAGGUCUGACAUCAAGCCACAACGACUUUUCUCAAACCGUCGGUCAGUUCACUACGGACUUGACUUUAUGUGUGCAGUCGUAUGGACGCUCGAGCUUUGGUGAGAUUCUUUGCCAGACAAAAGAGAGCUACCACCGGGCUCGCAAUGGGAAAGUGACGCAUCUAAUCCCAAGCUCUGGUCGGCAAUCUUCGCUGGAGAAGUCGAUGUGCGCGCCUCUUCCCGGCAUACGCUUCAAAUUCCUCUUGCCCUACCACGAAAAACAGUGGAGAGGCGCGGUAUUCGAGCAGGUCGUCGGCGAGAACCUAGAUUACCUGCCUGAUGCACAGCCUGCUGAGGGAAUGACUGUAACAAUAGCGGAGACAACUAACGGUCCAAGAAUAGUCUUCACUGGGACUCCCGGCAGAAUCUCCAGGACAGACCUAGAGCGCUGGGCUCAGCAGUGUAAGCAAUCUAUGGACGAGGCCGUGAAGACAUUGAAAGAAAAGACUCCCAUCUUCACGCCCUGCGACUUCCCACUGUUAGCCUUGACCAGCGAGAACCUCCAGGAUCUCCUGCAUUGCCGCCUGCCAGCAAUUUGUAUCCAUAUCAGCGAGGUAGAAGCAGCAUUUCCGUGUUCCCCAAUCCAGCAAGGGAUGUUGAUCAGCCAAGCACGACAGCCAGAGCACUACCAGGCGAUUUUCAUAUGGGAAGUCGCCUGCACUGACGGCCAUACAACGGUUGACCCAGAUUGGCUCCAGUUGGCCUGGGUGCAGCUUACCCGGCGUCAUUCCAUGCUGCGGACCAUCUUCGUUGAGGGGGUCGGCACUUCCCCCUAUAUUCAGGUCAUCCUAAAGGCCGACUCUGCCAACACAGCGGUCGUUCAAUGCUCUGAUGAUGGCGACGCUCGCUCUACUCUGCACGCACGCCGGCAGAUUGGCGGACACGGCCGACUGUCACUGCCCCGGUUCACCGUUUGUCAGACAGAGCGCGGAAAACUGCUGGUUGCUGUCGAAAUCAGUCACGUGCUGAUGGACGCAACGUCGAUGGAGAUUCUGAAACGAGACUUGGCACUCGCCUGCGAUAACAAACUUGAAUGCCCCACCAGUGGAGCACCUUAUAAUGACUACGUCGCAUAUCUUGAGGGUUCUCGCGAUCCUGCGACUUUGAAGUAUUGGAGCAGUUAUUUGGAAGGGUGCAGUCCGUGCUACUUCCCGCGGCUGAACGAUAGGUCCGAGUCCCACUUGGCUGCCGAAUCGCAAUCGGUCCGAGUCGCUGUCCCGUUUGAAUAUACAUCCCAACUGGAUGCAUUUUGCAGAGAAACAGGUCUUACCAUCUCAAAUGUGGUCCAGGUUGCCUGGGGCUUAGUCUUACGGGCUUUUACCGGUCUAGACUCCGUCUUGUUCGGCUACCUGACCUCUGGGCGAGACGCUCCAGUAGCCGGGAUUGAAGAUGCAGUCGGACCAUACAUCAACGUGUUGAUCUGCCGGAUCGACAUUAAGCAGUCGGCAACGCUGCUGGAGACAGCACAUGAAAACCAACGGGACUUCAUGCGGGGCUUUUCAUCGCAGCAUCUCUCUCUGACGGAAUUGUUCCAUUCUGCUAGUGAUGGGGGCCACGGCAUGUUUAACACGUGCAUGUCGUUUCCACCAGAGACUCAAGGGAGCGGACAAAACGAGGGCUAUAUUAGCUUUCAAGAAUUGGAAAAGGUCUUACCAAAUGAGGUAGAUAUCCCCGGGGCCUUUCAACCCCAUGUCCACAAGCAAGCGCUAACAAGGAGUGGAAAUAGUACGAUAUCACUAUCGAAAAAUGACAGAUUUACGGCAUCGCUUGUAUAUUCACCGUCGACCCUAUCUGAAAGCCAAGCAACCAGAAUAGCACACACUCUGAGCCAAGCUAUAGUUACCAUUAUCCACCAGAGCGGAAUCCAGGCAGAUGUGCCGCUGCUCAGCGAGCUGGACAGGCGAAAAUUAGAGGAAUGGAACAGAGUGGUACCGGCGCGAGCGGAGCAGUGCGUGCACCAUUUGAUCGCAGAGCGAUGCUGUGCGCAGCCCGACGCGCCGGCGGUGUGUGCCUGGGACGGAGACUUUACGUACGGCGAGUUGGACCGGCUGUCGUCGGCGCUGGCGGCGCACCUGGCCGGACUGGGGGUCAGACCGGAGGUGUUUGUGCCAUUGUUGUUCGAAAAGUCGCGGUGGACGACAGUGGCGAUGCUGGGAGUGAUGAAGGCAGGCGGAGCAUUUGUGCUGCUGGACCCGUCGCACCCGCGGGCACGACUGCAGAGCAUCUGCCUGGCCGUGUCGGUGGACAUAGCCAUUGCGUCGGCGUCGCAGGCAGCGAUCGCAGAGCAGUUGGUGACGCGGGUGGUGGCCCUUGGGGUGGAAGAGAUGAAAUUGUGCGAAAAGCGCAGUGACCAGAUGACGCCGUCAGUGGCCCCGAACAACGCCCUCUACGUCGUGUUCACCUCAGGCUCGACCGGUGUACCCAAAGGUGCCAUUGUCACUCAUGAGAGCUAUUCGACUGGUGCGUUAUCAUACGCUCCCUCUCUCGGUCUCACCCAUGCAUCCCGGGUCUUCCAAUUUUCCAGCUAUGCAUUUGAUAACAGCAUUUCCGAUAUAUUGACUACUCUGAUUGUCGGUGGCUGUGUCUGCGUGCCCUCGGAAUCAGCCAGGCGGGGCCAGCUUGCCAUAGCUAUUCAAAAUCUGAAAGCCACCGUGUGCUUUUUAACACCAAGUGUGGCCAGGUUACUGCUACCUGACGAAGUCCAAAAUCUAUCGACUAUUAUACUUAUGGGUACCGGGUGUGUUAGUUGGGUUGUUGACCAGACGAACCAUGACAAGCUACUUCCGAUCGGCGUGAUUGGGGAACUGCUUAUUGAGGGCCCGAUUGUGGGUCGGGGCUACCUCAACAACCCAGAACAGACGGCUGCGACAUUCAUUGACCCGCCGGCGUGGCUACAUACGAUCCGCACCGCCUACCCUGGCAACCCUGGCGGCGAUCGGGUGUAUAAAACGGGUGACCUGGUGCAAUAUACAGCAGACGGGCUACUGCGGUUUAUAGGGCGAAAGGACACGCAGGUCAAGCUUCGCGGGCAGCGAAUCGAGCUGGGCGAUGUGGAGCACCAUGUGCGAGAGUGUUUCCCUGGGGCACGCGAUGUGGUGGCGGAGGUGGUGAAGCCAGCGGACGACGAGCGGCCGCCGAUGCUGAUAGCAUUUGUAUGGAUGGACAGAAACAGGGAUGAGGGGAUGGAUGAUAUCCUAAUUACCCCCACGGACGUCUUCCGCGCGGCGAUCCUUACCGCUGAGACGCGCCUCCACGAUGCGGUGCCGGUAUACAUGGUGCCAGCAGUCUUUCUCCCACUGGUGGCGGUUCCGCUGACGGCUACGGGCAAGACUGACCGACGGCGGCUCCGCGAGCGGGCAGCGGCUCUUUCACAAACGCAGAUCGCAACCUAUAGCGACCUUGUCACGGCUAAGCGCCAGCCCAGCACGACGGCGCAACGGAUACUGCAGCAACUAUGGGCACAGGUUCUCAAUCUCCCCUCCAACGCCAUCGGGGCGGACGACAAUUUCUUCCGCCUGGGCGGCGACUCCAUUACCGCUAUGCAGCUGGCCGGAGUUGCGCGCAAAAAUGGUCUCUUCCUCGCCGUGACUGACGUGUUCCGCUACAAUACCCUGGCAACCCUGGCAUCUCGGCCUGAAUCCCCUGGCACAGCUCAUCCGGAGAUGGUGGACUGGGAAGAAGAGACCGCUUUGGAUCCGAGUCUCCCUAGGGCUGACCCCGGCCACCUCUGCGACAGCGAGUCCAUCUCCGUGGCACUCACUGGUAGCACUGGGUUCCUUGGUCGUGAGCUUCUUCGACAGCUAGUCACAAACACCCAGGUUGCAUACAUUCACUGCCUUGCCAUCCGUCCAGGACGCUCCCUGCCACCCGAUCUCCUGUCUUCAACCAAGAUCAUCCCUCAUUCAGGGGAUCUUUCUCUUCCGCGACUGGGACUGAGUGAGACAGAAGCAUCCCAGAUAUUCUCAUCUGUCGCCGCAAUCAUUCAUAAUGGUGCAGAUGUUUCUCGUCUAAAAUCGUACUCGUUGUUACGCGGCAGUAAUGUUGACAGUACCAGGCAACUGCUAGAACUUUCCCUUCUUUCGACUCGCCACAGCAGUCCGGGUCCAAGAGGAACGCCCCAUUUCCACUAUAUAUCGACAGCAGGCGUAUGUCACCUUCUUCAAGCUCGGCCCUUCUCCGAGAUGUCGGUUGCUUCCUUUCCGCCCCCUGUGGAUGGCGUUGACGGUUACACCGCAGCAAAAUGGGCGAGUGAGCGAAUUUUGGAGCGAGCAGCACAUACACUUGGACUCCAGGUGGUCAUUCAUCGACCUAGCCAGAUCACCGGCGCCGACGUAGGAGACAGGGACAUCUGGCACAAUAUUUGGCGAUGGUCGCAGGUUAUCCGAGCUGUCCCUGAUCUAGUGGCGGCCGGUUUUCGGGGAGCGUUUGACCUGAUUAGCGUUGAAAAGUGUGGCACAAGCAUCGUUUGCUCAGUAAUUGAUCAUCUUCACCGUUCUGCAGACAAUCCAGUGGAUUAUGUACGCGAGACCGGUGAUACUGCAGUGCCAGUCGAGACCUUUGGAGAAUUCCUGGGAAAUGAAAUCGGCAUAACAAACAUGCCGGUUUUACCAUUUGCUGAGUGGGUGGAAAGAGCGGUUGAAGCGGGCUUGGAUGAACUAGUGGCUGUUGUGUUAAGGCAACAGGCCGCGAACGCAUGA